AUGGAAGACGACGAGCAACUGUAUCCGAUUGCGAUCUUGAUUGACGAGCUGAAAUCAGACGAUGUCACACUUCGCCUGAACUCGAUUCACCGCAUCUCGACGAUUGCGCUGGCGCUGGGUCCCGAGCGUGCGCGGGACGAGCUGAUCCCCUUCCUGCACGAGUCGCUUGACGACGAGGACGAGGUGCUGCUCGCGCUCGCCGAGGAGCUCGAUGCGAACUUUGCCGAGUACCUCGGCGGUGCGCAGUACGCGCACCUGCUCCUGGGCCCGCUGGAGAACCUGGCGACGGUCGAGGAGACGGUCGUGCGCGAAAAGGCGUGCGAGUCGAUCAACAAGAUUGCCAAGAUUAUGAACGAGAAGCAGGUGCAGGAUGCCUAUCUCCCCCUGCUGAAGCGCCUGUCGAACGGCGACUGGUUCACGUCGCGGACGAGCGCUGCGUCGCUCUUUGCGUCGGUCUAUGACCGUGUGCCGCCUGCGAUGCGCGCGGAAGUGCUCGGGAUGUUUGCGAUGCUGUGCCACGACGACACGCCGAUGGUGCGCCGUGCGGUGGCGCGCGAUAUGAGCGCACUGGUCAAGCACAUGUCCAAGGACGUGGUGGUUUCGGAUAUCCUCCCGCUAUACCGCCGCCUCUCGACGGACGAGCAGGACUCGGUGCGCCUGCUUACCGUGCAGGACCUGGUUGCGAUCGCCGAAGUCCUCGACAAGAACGAGACGCAGCAGCUCCUUCUGAGCUCGAUCCGCAGCGCCUUCCAGGACAAGAGCUGGCGCGUGCGCUACAUGGCCGCCGACCACUUUGUCAAGCUCGCGUCGGCGGUGAACGAAAAGGUGGUGCAGGAGGACCUCGUUCCUGCCUACGUUAACCUCAUGCGCGACGCGGAGGCCGAGGUGCGCACGGCCGCCGCGAGCCAGACGCCGGGCCUCGCCAAGCUCAUGGACCAGCAGACGAUCCUCGAGCGCCUGCUCCCGGUCGUCAAGGAGCUCGCGGACGACCCGUCGCAGCAUGUGCGUGGUGCGCUCGCCGCGCAGAUCAGCGCGCUGGCGCCGCUGCUCGGCAAGGAGGCGACGACCGAGCACCUCCUGCCCCUCUUCCUCCAGCUGCUCAAGGACGAGUUCCCGGAUGUGCGGCUGAACAUUAUCUCGCGUCUGGAGCAGGUGAACGAGGUGAUUGGGAUCGACCUCUUGUCGCAGUCGCUCCUGCCUGCGAUUAUGGAGCUCGCCGAAGAUAAGCAGUGGCGCGUGCGCCAGGCGAUUAUUGAAAACAUCCCGCUGCUGGCGCACCAGCUCGGUGUGCAAUUCUUCAACGAACAGCUGAGCAGCUUGUGUAUGAGCUGGCUCGGCGACACCGUCUUUUCCAUCCGCGAGGCGGCCACCGUCAAUCUCAAGAAGCUCACCGAGGUCUUUGGCGUGGAAUGGGCGCGCACCUCCAUCAUUCCCAAGGUCCUCCAGAUGGGCUCGCACCCCAACUACCUGUACCGGAUGACGACCAUCUUUGCGGUGACGACCAUGGCGCCGUCGCUCGAUACGGAUACGAUUGUGACGAGCGUCCUGACCACGAUCCUGCCCAUGGUGCAGGACCCCGUGCCGAACAUCCGCUUCAACGUCGCCAAGGCGUUCGAGGUGCUCUCCACCGAGCUCGAGUCCUCGCCAGAGGGCCAGCGUAACAUUAAAGAGAAGAUCACGCCUGCGCUCCAGGUGCUGAGCGACGAUCGCGACCCGGACGUGCGCUACUAUGCGCUGCGCGCACUACAGACCGCUUCGAAAGUAUAG